AUGGUGCACCUAAGGGGUUUAUUGCUCCUCAACGGGGAUUACGGCAAGGGGACCCUAUUUCACCCUAGUUAUUCCUUUUGUGUGCUGAGGGCUUAUCUGCUCUUAUCUCUCAUGCGGACAUGGCAGGGUCUUCGUAUUUGUGAUGGAGCACCUAUGAUUAGUCAUCUACUCUUUGCUGAUGACAGUAUGUUGGAUUCCUUUACCAGCCCUGAGGAUUGUCACAGGAUUCGUCACUUGCUUAAUACCUAUGAGAGAGCAUCCGGUCAGCAAGUGAAUCUACAGAAAAGUAAUGUGGUGUUUAGUGGUAGUGUUCUUCCCCAUCUGCGUGACAACUUGGCACAAAUUUUGGGGGUACAGGUAGUGUCGAAACAUGAAAAGUAUCUGGGUAUUCCAACUCUUGUGGGACGGUCCAAGACUGAGACUUUUGCUUUUAUUAAAGAUAAGUUAUCUAAGAAGCUGACAGGCAAGAGAACUAAAUUAUUGAGUAGUGCAGGAAAGGAAAUUCUAAUGUGGUGA